UGCCGUAGUGCGGGGGGGGCCGCUGCAUUGCGCUGCCGCCGUCAAUAGGUGGGCCCCUCCCGGGGAGAUAAAGCCGCCGGAGCCCAAGCUGGCAGCCUCUGCCGCCCCGACCGCCGCUCCGCCUCUCCAUAAACUCAGCUGCAUCCCCAGUGCUCCCCCCACCGCCCGCCCUCCACACGUAGCCCACCAGCAUGGGGAAGGAGAAGACGCACAUCAACAUUGUCGUCAUCGGGCAUGUGGACUCUGGGAAAUCCACCACCACCGGGCACCUCAUCUACAAAUGUGGGGGCAUUGACAAAAGGACCAUUGAGAAAUUCGAGAAGGAGGCUGCCGAGAUGGGGAAAGGGUCCUUCAAAUACGCCUGGGUGCUGGACAAGCUGAAGGCUGAGCGUGAGCGUGGCAUCACCAUUGACAUCUCACUGUGGAAAUUCGAGACCACCAAGUACUACAUCACCAUCAUCGAUGCGCCCGGCCACAGGGACUUCAUCAAGAACAUGAUCACAGGCACAUCCCAGGCUGACUGCGCCGUGCUGAUAGUUGCUGCUGGCGUUGGUGAGUUUGAAGCUGGCAUCUCCAAGAACGGGCAGACCCGUGAGCAUGCCCUGCUGGCUUACACUUUGGGGGUGAAGCAGCUCAUCGUGGGCAUCAACAAGAUGGAUUCCACGGAGCCUGCGUACAGCGAGAAGCGCUAUGAUGAGAUUGUCAAGGAGGUCAGCGCCUACAUCAAGAAGAUUGGCUACAACCCAGCCACCGUUCCCUUUGUGCCCAUCUCGGGCUGGCACGGGGACAACAUGCUGGAGCCAUCCCCCAAUAUGCCUUGGUUCAAAGGCUGGAAGGUGGAACGCAAGGAAGGCAAUGCAAGCGGGGUGUCCCUCCUGGAGGCCCUGGACACCAUCCUGCCCCCAACCCGCCCCACAGACAAACCCCUGCGCCUGCCCCUCCAGGAUGUCUACAAAAUUGGAGGAAUUGGCACAGUUCCUGUGGGCCGAGUGGAGACUGGCAUCCUGCGACCCGGCAUGGUGGUCACCUUUGCACCUGUGAACAUCACCACUGAGGUGAAGUCGGUGGAGAUGCACCAUGAGGCACUGAGCGAGGCUCUGCCUGGAGACAAUGUUGGCUUCAACGUGAAGAAUGUCUCCGUCAAGGACAUCCGCCGUGGGAAUGUCUGUGGGGACAGCAAGUCAGACCCGCCGCAGGAGGCAGCACAGUUCACGUCUCAGGUGAUCAUCCUGAACCACCCCGGGCAGAUCAGUGCCGGAUACUCACCUGUCAUCGACUGCCACACCGCACACAUCGCCUGCAAGUUUGCUGAGCUGAAGGAGAAGAUCGACCGGCGCUCCGGCAAGAAGCUGGAGGACAACCCCAAAUCCCUGAAAUCAGGCGAUGCAGCCAUCGUGGAGAUGAUUCCUGGCAAGCCGAUGUGUGUGGAAAGCUUCUCCCAGUACCCACCUCUUGGCCGCUUUGCUGUCCGUGACAUGCGGCAGACCGUGGCUGUGGGCGUCAUCAAGAACGUGGAGAAGAAGAGCGGCGGGGCCGGCAAAGUCACCAAGUCUGCCCAGAAGGCCCAGAAGGCUGGCAAAUGAAUCGUGGGCUCCCAGUGCGUAGCGCAGAAACCAUCCCUGACACCAGGACGCUGCCACCGUCUCCCCCCGGCGCAUGUGUGCACAUCAGCUUGUAAGAGUUUAUAUGUCAACGACUGGAUGCUCACCAUUAAGGUCCAGUGGAAAUUCUUUAAAAGGAAAAGCAUGUUCCAGCGUUUGUGAGGCUUCAUGUUAAUUUUACCAAUAAAACUGGUACAACAUCCACAGUGGAAAAAAAUAACAAACAAAACAAAAACAACCAACAACAACAACAACAACAAAAAAAACCAAACCAACCAACCCCAAA